UCAUAUUAGGAUUUUAAUUCUUAGAAAAUAAUUAUAUCGAAACGUCUGUGAUUGAAUGCUAGUCGUCGAGGUGUGUGGAAGAAAAAUGGCGUCCACUAGCAGAAUAUUUGCUCGAACUCUUGCCCUGACAAGGUUUGGUACAAGGAAUUGCUACACCGAAACAAGACCUAAUCUAGGGAUUAACAAAACCACCAAGGUUAUCUGCCAGGGAAUCACAGGCAAACAGGGUGCCUUCCAUACAACCCAAGCCAUUGAGUAUGGCACUAAUAUGGUAGGAGGUGUCACACCAGGCAAGAGUGGCCAGGUAUCAUGUGGACUACCAGUCUUUGAUUCCUGUCAUGAGGCAAAAGCAAAGACUGGAUGUGAUGCAUCGGUUAUCUAUGUGCCCGCUCCCUUUGCUGCUCCAGCAAUCAUGGAAGCCAUCGAUGCUGAGAUUGGUCUGGUUGUCUGUAUCACAGAGGGUAUCCCACAGCAAGACAUGGUCAAAGUUAAACAUAGACUCUCCAGGCAAAGCAAGACAAGGCUUGUGGGACCCAACUGUCCAGGAAUCAUUGCCCCCGGAGCUUGUAAGAUUGGCAUCAUGCCUGGUCAUAUUCAUAAAGAGGGUAAGAUAGGCAUCGUCUCUCGAUCAGGAACACUCACAUAUGAAGCGGUUGCCCAGACAACAGCAGUGGGACUUGGCCAGACACUAUGUGUCGGUAUUGGAGGAGAUCCUUUCAAUGGAACCAAUUUCGUAGAUUGUUUAGAAAUCUUCCUCAAUGACCCUGCUACUGAAGGCAUCGUUCUUAUUGGUGAGAUUGGAGGAGGAGCUGAGGAGAAGGCAGCAGAGUUCCUCAAACAGCAUAAUUCAGGUCCUGAUGCUAAGCCAGUAGCAGCCUUCAUUGCUGGUUUGACUGCCCCACCAGGCAGGAGGAUGGGACAUGCUGGAGCUAUCAUCUCUGGAGGUAAAGGUGGAGCUACAGAGAAGAUCCAGGCUCUCAAGGAUGCAGGUGUCGUUGUUACUAUGUCUCCAGCUCAAAUGGGAACAACAAUACUGAAAGAAAUGGAAAAGAUUGGCCAGGCAUGAGCAGGGUAUACAGGGAGCAGUUUUAAGAACCAUCCUCUGAAAACCGUUUUAAUAUUGAAAAGGAACAAAAUAUUCAUGUGGGAAUUAGAUUGUGCCGUUUCUUUUUUCCAAAUGUUAUCAAAUUUUCACCCAUGAAAAAAAAAGAGAUUAUAUGAGAUUUGUCUAGUGGAUUUGAAAUACUUUGUGUGAUUUAGUGAUAUAUAUUACUUUACCCCCUUCAAUAUGGAAAAUGAUAUUUAUUUGGGUGCUUUUCAGAAUGGCAUUCAAGCAUAGACCCUAUAUAAUAUUCAUUGUGUUACAAUAAUGUUACUGAUGUCAGUUCCUAUGGAUGAAGGCUUUUCAUUAUAUCAAUAUCUGGAGCAGGUCUAAAACAUUUUCUCUGGUUUGCUACUUGUGUUCAUGCAAACUUGGGGUUUUAAGCAUUGACAUUGUAUUCAAAGCUUGUACUUGUGAAGCUGCCAGCAAUAAAAGGCUAUCGUUAAGAGGAAAAAUUUGUCAAUUAACUCAUUCUUGAUAAUCUAGUAUAUUAUUUUACCUUUUACAGUCAAGAUUACGAACUGAGUCUCACCUCUUUCACAGCUUUAGGGGGAUGAUAUGUGAUUAAUCUUAAUAUGAUGAUGUGAGGAAACUUUAUUUUCUUUUCAAUUAAAUACUCAUUCUGUAGCAUUCCACAAAGCUUAACUGAAAGCAAUCAGUGAUAUUGAGGCCAUGACGUUUUACCUGUAUAUCAGUCAUUGCCUUCUGUUGAGAAAUCAAGUCAGUUGAAAGUUACAUACUCUGAAAAUGAAGACCGUACUAACAUUACUUGAAAUUUAACCACAGUAAUCAAAUUGAAAUGCAACAAAGUCUUAAAUUUAGGAUGGUUACUGUAAAGAUGUACAGGAUAUAUUACUACUGCGCUCCAGAGGAAUUUGCUUUUUUUCCAAGCAUAUAAACAGCAACUAGGAGAGGAGACAUAGUUCAGAAAAUUUAGAUAUUUUCCCAUUUUAUGGUUGAAUAAAUUUAUUGUUCCAAUGUAAA